CGUCCUGGCGAUGAACCCGAAGCUAGUCCAGCUCGAGGAGCCAGCCGCCUCCUUUUUUGUCUUCUCCCACCGCGGCGGAGCUCCGCGAGGAGAGGUUUGCCGCCGCCGCUGCAUCCGGUCCGUCCCCUCCCGCUCCCGCUCCCCACUCUCGUUCGCACCGGAGCGCAGCAUGGAGGUCUCGGCUAGGCUCGGCCCGCCACGCGCCUCGCCGGCGCCGCGCCGCGGCCGCGGAUCCCUGCCACUGCCAAUGGGGUUCGCCUCGGCCCGGCCCGCCUCUCGCGCGAUUUCCGCCAAGAUUAGAACAGGUGCAAUUCAUGACCUGCAAAGAAACAAGAGUAACCUCGAAUCAUUAUUCUGCUACGACAAAUCUGCUCCGGAGGAGGAUAUUGGAACCCCAGCUGGUUUAGAUUUGGAAAAGAAGAACGUUGGGAAGAAUCCUCCUUGCAUAAGCUGUGAAACCAAAGGCGCAGUGUUAUGUGCAACCUGUGUUGGUUCAGGCUUGUAUGUCGACUCCAUAUUAGAAAGCCAGGGAAUCAUCGUAAAAGUCAGAUGUCUAGGGUGUGGAGGCACUGGGAACAUUAUGUGCUCAAAGUGCGGAGGCCGUGGACACACAUGAAUCGUGGCAGUUUGGGUCUCAAAAGCAACGCAACACAGUUCACGUAGCAUCUUCUAAGGCUACUUCGGUAGGCAAUUCUGUUCAUGUAGAGAAGCAAAGAUACUUCAUAGUUGAUUUUCACAUAAAAUGGUGCACGGACAAUUUCCUUGUUUCAAUGGAUCUAAUGCUGAGUCGCCAGCUGUAAUGACUUCUGUGAGAGCACCCUUCACAAUGCCAAUGCUGCUGAAGGCUGAAGUGUUUCAUCUGCAGCCUGUUGGUGUGAUUUUCGACAUAUCAGAUGCACCAAUUCUACCGUUGUAGUACAGACACUACAAGCUCCAUUUCUCUUGAAGUACUCUCUCCGUCCCAAAAUAAAUCAAUCUUUUACUUUU